AUGGAGGAACACUCUGAUCCUGAUCCUGUCAACCCCCGUCAGAACCAGACAGACUCCGCGAUCCUUUCUCAGCCGUCCACUUCCGCAUCCCUUGUCCAGACUGUUCCUACGACUGCCACUUCCACUAAGGGCGUCAAUACUUCCGCCGCCAUUGACGCUACUCUGCGAUUCUUUGCCAGCGCCAGCAAUGAGACCCUCGGUGCCUGCGUCGUGGGCCUAUGUGCAUCAACAUACUUGGUCUUGGGCCGGUUUGGCCUGGUACUAAUUGGCGCAGUUGGUGGUGUAGUCCUUCAUGCCACUUGGGACGCCCAACAAUCAGGCGGGACCGAGAAUGGUGGUGGUGGUGAUGCUGCCCGUCGGAGAAAAGAGUUGGGCAUAGAAGUCACGCACCGACUGCUCGACUGGCGAGACAAGCGCCGAGCGGAGGAAGAGAAGAACGACGAGAGCCUUGAACCAGACUCCAAAAUCUCCGUGGACUUUUCAGAUUUCCAGCCAGAAACAAGACAGGCUCUGGUCAACCUCACCGACGCCGUCAUCAGAGACUAUGUCAGGUGGUGGUACAGCCCAUUACUUCCAAAAGAACAGUCGUUCCCGGCAGCGUGCCGACGAACACUGACCAGCUUCAUCCUCUCCUUCUCCAACCAUCUGUCACGCAAGCGGCCAGCUGAUCCUUUUCUGGAUUUCCUCGCAAACUCGACUUCGAUUAUCAUUGUCUUCUUGAACGAGCUCUCAACGGCUUUAAAGGCUUCUUCAAACCAUGAUGCAGAACGCGCCAUUCAAACAUACUUGCAUUUCCAGCCCGACAGCAACCUGGCAAAUGUUCUCAGUCGGGACCAGCAAGAUCGUAAAUUGAAUCUGGUCGCAGAUGAUAUAUUACAAAACUUCCUAGACUCAAAGUCAUAUGCAUGUCCCCCUGUCAAGGUCUUCCUGCGCGAGGUUCUUGCUGGUCUUGUAUUGGAGUCCACCGUCGCUACGUGUUCAAAACCUGAAUGGAUCAAUGGGUGGAUCGUGUACCUUCUUGAAGACGGUGAGCCUGAGAUAAUGAAUGUGAUUGAUUCUGGCGUGGAAGAUAUGGCCAAUGCCGCAUCUCUCGCCUCCGCAAACGCCUCAUCCAGCAAAGGCCAUACGAGACGUGUCAGUAAAGCUGAGGAAGCCAUGGAGGAAGCCAUGCGAGAAGCUCAGAGAUUAAAUGAGAUGAUCGCCGAGGACGAAGCGAGACGGAAGAAAGGCCUCCCUACUAUCGAAGCUGAGGACACAAGUUCUGUUACGACCACCGAUGCCGGUUUAGCCACGCCCACGUCAUCUGACAGUGAUCGGAACCGUCGCGAGGAACACUCCUUGGACUCUUCAAUGGUCUUGGAUAUUGAUGGCAAUGCUAUCCCUUCUCCGAACCCAAGCCCGAGCAAAGAACACCCGCCCUUUACCAGCUUUGAUCAACUUCCAGAUGUUCUACCAGCUCCUCCUCAACCUAUAUCAAAUGCGCCAGCUCCAACAGAAGUCAUGCUAGCAGUGCCCCUGACCCUUCACAAUGCCUCUAUCACCAUCAUGGAUUUAUCUGAUAUCAGUGCCAAGACAACGUUCAAACAACGACCGAACAGCGAAUAUCUGCUCCAGAUUGAACCAGCUUCACAGCGCUUCCCUGGAUGGAUGGUCACGCGCAAGUAUAUCGACUUCGAGCCAUUGCAUGAGACACUCAAGAAAAUUGCACCCAUCACCGGACAGCAUGAGUUUACCCAACACUAUCCCGCUCUUCCCAGUUGGAGAGGCCAGACUAGUGAGGGCCUCAUCCACAACCUCGAAGCGUAUCUCCGAUUCGCCUUGAAAUUUGAGCCGCUUGCUGAGACUGGAGUCAUGAAGACAUUCUUAGACAAAGAAACAGGUCUACAAAAGGCUCCUGCUCAGAGCAAGAAUGUCUUGGUGCAAGGUGGUGCAGCGCUAGAAAAUGUGGGAAAGAACUUCAUCAAUGUUCUUGGUCAAGGCGGCAAGAACAUUGCUGGAGGCGGUAAGGCUGUGCUCGGUGGCGUGCAGGGUGUCUUCGGCGCUGUGGCGACGGGUGUGCAGGGCAAUCAGAAGAAAUCCAUCUCAAAUCCCAGAUCAUCACAGCAACUCUCUAGGAUGGAUACCUCUAGCAGUCAGAAUUGCAGAUCUAGUUCUGAUGUCGCGAGGCAGAGCACCGAUAGUAUCGAGGUCAGACCCCCUCUUCCUGGUAGACCUGGCACUGCAGCUUCAAGUCAAAACCAGCGGUCACGAUCGUCAUCGAUCAUGCUUGACUCCGCUAGGCAGUCACAGGAGAUUUUGUCCAUUCCCCCACCACCAAGCGAGAUAUCAGAUGACUAUCAGCCAGUACCACGGGCUGUGACUGAGAUCCCGCCUCAGACACCACCACGACCACGACAAGACACCAUCAUCGCCAACCCAGCGACUCCGGCUCUUAGUCAAAAGCCAGAAGAAUCCAGCACACCAGCUUCAGUCAAUCUCCCAAAAACACCAGCCAGAAGAAGUCCCAGAAAGGAUCGACCCAUCUCCGAAGAAGAAACCCGCGCAUCCAUUGAACUCAUAUUCGCAAUCCUCACCGAACUAUACUCCCUGGCCGGUACCUGGACAAUUCGCCUUUCCCUCCUGUCUGCCGCGAAGACAUUCCUCCUACGGCCGAACAAUCCGCAACUCGAGUCGAUCCGCGUGCUUUUACAAGAGAGCGUCGUGGAAGCGAAUUUCUGCGACAAAGGUCUUGCGACACACCUGACGAAACUGCGUGAGAACUCGCUGCCGACAGAAGAAGAGCAAGCGAAGUGGCCGAAAGAGCCGAGUGCCGAGGAAAAGGAGAAACUCCGGAUCAAAGCUCGGAAAUUGCUGGUCGAGCGCGGCAUGCCGCAGGCCCUUACGAGCGUGAUGGGUGCAGCUGCCAGUGGCGAGGCGUUGGGCAGAGUCUUCGAUUGUCUGCAAGUUGAGCUUGUUGCCAGGGGUCUCAUCUUUGCGUUAUUGCUGCAGGCGGUCAGGGCAGCGACGCAAUGA